GCAUCAAACUUUUCAAUAAUCCAUGAGAUUGGGAAGGGAAGCAUUGCAAGAACCAGGCAUCUUAGCAAAAAUAUUCUUCUUGUCUCCCUUGUGAUACAAUUGCAUGCUCAAUAUGAAGAGGAAGUUGAGAUCCAAAUCAAUAUAAUAUUAUGUGACACGUAAGGGUGGAAAAAAAGAAAAUAAAAAAAUGCAUCUUGUCUCCUAUGAUUCUUUCACUAUAUAAGGAGCAGAUGCCAAUUUUCAACCACAAAAACUCAUAACUCCUUCAUAACUCACAUUUUUCUGAUAAGAGAAAAUGGCAUUCCCUGAAACAAACACAAAGAGCUCUCUGCAUAUUCGCAGCAACAGCUUGCCCUCUUCACCUCACCCGCUUGUAUCAGAAAUCGAAGAGCAUCUACAAAGAUUGAACGACACCUCUUCAGUGUCAUCAUCUUCAAUAAGCCACAAACUCAAUGGUUUACUUGAUUUGCAUGAUUGCAUUGAUAAGUUACUUCAACUGCCAAUCAAACAACAAGCAUUAGCAAGAGAAUGCAGUGAAAAACGCGUUGACGACAUACUAGAAGGUUCUUUGAAGCUCUUGGAUAUCUCUAGUGCAGGGAAAGAUUUUCUACUUGCGUCAAAGGAAAUCAUGUAUGAACUUCAAUCAGUUAUCCGAAGAAGGCGAAGUGAGGAAACUGGAUUCAAAGUUGAGGGUGCUAAGUACUUGGCUUCAAGGAAGAAGCUGAACAAGGCAAUUAGAAAGUCCUUGGGAAAUUUGAAAGCAUUGAAACAUGAGUGUGUAGAAGAUGGCACUUUUUCCAUGCUUAGAAUCUUGAAAGAAGUAGAACAAGUCACAGUUAGCUCAUUAGAAUCUAUGUUCAUGUUGAUCUGUGAUCAAUCAAAGCAUAGAAGAUGGUCAACAAUUUCAAAGAUGUUGCAGCCUAAAAGAGUAGCUUGUGACUCUCAAGAAUCAGAAACAAAUGAAUUUGAGAAGGUGGAUGCAGCUUUGAAGUCUUCAUCUUUUGAGCAUUUUCAAAGCCAUGUGGAAAGUUUGGAGAUGUGCAUUCAGGAUCUAGAAAUUGGAGUUGAGCAACUCACAAGAAAACUAAUUAGAAACAGAGUUACCCUUCUCAAUAUCUUCAACCACUAAUCAUAGAAAAUCUCUAUGAUUGUUGUGAAUACAAUUUUGACACCAUAUAUAUUGUACAUGAAUGUGAUUAAAUUUUGUUUUUUCUACAGAAUAUACAUUAUUUAAGGAUCAAAUUAUAG